CCAGUAAAAUCUCGACCCAAAACUUUAGAUCUUUGACCUUUUGUCAUAUUUCUCCGGAUCUGUGUAUAAAUAUGUGUGUAGGUAUAGAGAAAGGGGAAGAGAAAGUGCGAGGUGACAAAUAUGAAGAUUCUCCAUCGUUUUCGGCGAGUUCGCUGGUGGAAAUUUCGGCCAUGCUUAUAACAGUGAGAAGGAAAAGAGGAGAUAGCGAUAUUAGAGAAGCAAUGGGGGUGGACUUUGGGUCGGACAAUGGUUUUUUUGAAGUGAAUCGGGUCAAAAGAAAUGAGAUUAGUCGAUUUAAUAUGUGCCCAGAUGUAAAAAAGACACGGAUGAGUGCCACGUGUCCCCUCCGUCCAAUUAAGGAUACAUUUGUUAUGAUAGUAAGCGGCAGGGAGUUUUAUGAUCCAAUAGUAUACCGGGGGACAACUUUAAAUGAAUUUUGAGAAAUUUUUUCACUUUUUUUGGAAUUUUACAAUUCUUAUGUCCAAACGCCCACUAAAUCUGCAACCAGAAAACAUUUAGAUGCUAAACUAUUAAUUAACUAAAAGAAAAUGAGCCAAAGUGUAAGCUUCUAUUAUUAUACUUUUCCUCCUCCAGGUUCUUGUCAGCAAAACAGCAACCAAAAGAGUAGCGCAGCAAUGGAAGUUGGUGAAGAGCAUGAAGACAAAAUGCAAAACCCUAACAAUGGAGCAAAAGUAGCUGAAAUAAACCUCAAUCACACUUCAAAUUCAAAGCCAAAAGUUGUAGUAAUAAUGGGAGCAACAGGUUCUGGCAAAUCAAAACUUGCUAUUGACUUGGCUUCAUACUUCCCUAUUGAAAUCAUCAACGCUGAUUCUAUGCAGGUUUACAGUGGAUUGGAUGUUCUGACCAACAAGGUGACUUCCCAAGAGCAAAAAGGAGUUCCUCAUCAUCUUCUUGGUACUAUCAACCCUAGUGUUGAAUUUACUGCAAAGGAUUUUCGUGACUCAGUUUUCCCUAUCAUAAGUGAUAUAUGGUCCCGCAAUAGGUUGCCAGUUAUAGUUGGAGGAACAAAUUAUUAUAUUCAGGCUCUUGUGAGUCCAUUCCUUCUUGAUGAUUCUGUUGAAGACCCAGAAUCAAAUUGCUUAAGCGACUCUCAAGAAGAUGAACAGCCUGAUCUUGAAGUUGAAUUUAUGGGCGAGGAUUAUGAUUGUGCUUACAACCAUCUUAAAGAUAUUGAUCCAGUUGCAGCUAACAGAAUUCAUCCAAAUAAUGAUAGAAAGAUCAACCAAUACCUGAAUUUGUACGAACGAUUUGGUGUUAUUCCAAGCAAACUUCUUCAGGAGAGGACUGUAGAGAACUGGGGCCAAGUUGAUAAUUCGAGAUAUGAUUUCUGCUUCUUAUGCGUGAAUGCAUCCCUUUCCACUAUGGAUCCAUUUGUCAAUAAAAGAGUUGAUCACAUGGUUGAUGCUGGUCUACUUAAGGAAGUUUUUGACAUCUAUACACUGGAUGCAGACUAUACAAAAGGCUUGAGGCAGGCCAUCGGUGUUAGGGAAUUUGAGCCAUUUCUUAGGCUUUACAUACUGGAACAUCAAAAACCUUGUGAUGAGUCUUAUGUUCAGACACUAAAAGAUCAGACAUUGGAACUGAAUAUACAGCAUAUCAUGGAUUCCUCCGACAAUAAUGAACAGAAAGCUAUUUUAACUGAAGCAAUUGAAAAUGUCAAAUUGAACACACGAAGACUAGUCCGACGUCAAAGGAGAAGGCUUAAUCGGCUGCAGAUGCUGUUUGGUUGGAACAUACAUUAUGUUGAUGCCACAAAGUCCAUUAUAAGUGGCUCUGAUGAUUUAUGGGCAGUAGAAGUGGUCAAACCCUCUGCCGGCAUAAUCAAAUCCUUUCUCACUGGGGAAUCCAGUACAGAGAAUGGCAGUAAUGCUUCUGAAGAACUGAAGUUGAUGCAAAAGGAUCUCUGGACUCAGUAUGUAUGUGAGCCAUGCGGGAAUAAGGUCCUGAGAGGCGAGCAUGAAUGGGAACAACAUAGACAGGGCCGUCACCAUCGAAAACGAGUUUCUCGCCUUAAAAAGACUGGAAGCUUGUGCUCGUGAAGCUAUAUGGAUUCCUCCCCUGCUUCUAGCUCAGUUAUUUAUACUAUUUAACUGCCAUGUUAAGUAUCUUCAUAAUAUUAUUUGUAUCACAUGUUUUAGCUGUCAAAAACGGUUGCAGUCAUUCUGCUUACAGUC